UACGGGCUAUCAGCAUUCUAUAAGGACUCUAAACUUGUGUUGUGAAUGUUACAUUGUCACUACAGGUCACUAGAGUUGUAUGUAACCUGCUUGUAAUGAGUGUUAGGUGACUUGACCAUAAACGUUUCUCAAUCAAUCGUGUUCAGUGUUUUAGUGUAGCAGGUGUUAUUAACCUUUCCGAAAAUCAGGAUACUUAUCUCUUGAACUGAACGUGCGUCCAAGACGGAGACAGACACUAUCACAGUCCACGGAGAUUCUAAACAGCGGAUGUAAAGGACACAACGACUGCAAGAAGAUCCGCGAGGGUAAUGUACAUAUGAGCAGUUACUGGGGAAUAUUGUUGAUAUAAGAUACAGCUUAAGGCCAUAAUUACACACCGGGCUCCAGGAGGCCACUACAGAUACAAAGGGUUUCCGUUCUCGUCUGCUACAGAACCAUAAAGGUCGUAACAGAAGGCUGAGGGGCAGUACCUGAGACUAUUGCCGAGGGGUGGUGAACCAACAUGGAUUACAAUAAGAGCGUUGAAAUUCACCAGAGCUCUCAAGAUGUGAAAAGGUCGAUGUCUUGGAGAAGCUCAGCAGACGAGUUGGAUCGGAAAUCGGGAGUCCCAGAAACCACCAUCCAUGGCGUAAGAGCAGAAACAGUCUCAACUGCCAACACAGCACAGAGUGUCCAUGGCGGGAUGGGUAACACAUAUAAUUUUAUUUUCUCAUUGGUCGUCGAGAAGAAGUCAUCACGGAGAUGAUCGAUCAACUCGGAAUUGGAACACAGAUUGACAACAAUGUCCUUAAAUCAGCGCAGGAUACAUUUACGAGUGAAAGGAAAUCAAGAGUUCGUCUUGACAGCGAAAGUGAAAAACAAGUGAUGGUUGAAGAUCACUCCCAGCAACACAGUCACCAAGCUGUUACAGAUGUUGCUAAAGACGCUUCUACAGAAGAUGCUACAGAUUCAGCUAUAGAGGCUGCUACAGACGCUCCUACAGAAGCUGCUACAUACGCUACUACAGAUGAUGCUACAGACCAUGCUAUAGAGUCUGGCAAUGGCGGUCAAUAUUCCGAUAAUAUUCAACCAUCCUUGGUCUCCGCCCUUUAUCGUUCCAUGGGUAUAUUUUUUCGAGGAAGAAACGCAUCUCAGCUUAAAGAGUGUUUGCCUGGUUUAGAGAUUCGUGAGCCUGAUAUAAAUUUGCAGUCGAAAGGCCUUUCAGUCGGCAUAUGUAAUGCAGAAGGUGAAUCUGAAAAUACAAAAGACUGUGUAGGAAGCAGACUGGGUCAUGGUUUCAGAAGAAGAUGUAGUAUGUUCCACGUGUAUCGUCCACAACGAGGUAAUUCCUCGUGCAUCUUCAGAUAG